UAUUCACAAACGGAACUUACCCUUAACUUAUGACUUAAGUAGCCGGUCGAUGCUUAACGCGUUUCAUAGACAAAUCUUGUACUUAAGGUAAACUUUAAUCGACACUUGAGUGCCGGAAAGUAAAGUGCGGUCAUUGGCAACCUUAAGUGCGACUUUCGCUACUCUCGCCUAGCAAGCAAGAUGGCCGCCUGCUACGGCAGCCUCGCCGACUUUGCCGAUUUCGCCGGACGUGUGCGCAGUAUUACGGAGGAUGAGGCAUACCGAUACGUGUCGCCAUUACGGCCACGGCUUAAGGAUCGACAGAAUCCAAUGGAAGUAUACAACGACGCAGAAUUCUCGUGGCGGUACCGCUUUUCCAAGCAAGCUGUGCUACGGCUGUUGGAAAUGCUGCCACUGGUCCCAAAAGACAACGAACGCGGUCACCCCGUGCCGCCGCUGCUCCAGCUGCUAAUCGCGCUGCGAUUCUACGGCGCCGGAACUUUUCAGGUUGUCACCGGGGACCUCGUUAAUGUUUCGCAAGCAACUGUGUCUCGAAUAAUUGCGCGAAUGUCAAGAAUGAUUGCCGAGACUUUGUUCCCGCAGCUCGUGAAGUUGCCAAAUGCUAAUGAUUUGGCAUCCGUAAUGGAGGAGUUCUACACCAUCGCACGGUUUCCUGGUGUGAGCGGGUGCAUUGACUGCACUCAUGUACCCAUCAGAAGUCCCGGAGGAGAUGAAGCGGAGGUUUUUCGCUGUCGAAAG